GUCUAGAGCUAAGGGCCUAGAGAGUCAUGGGUGCUUUGGAUUGUGAGCAAGUCUGAGCAAGUUUUAGUAUGAUGCCCUGCCUGUCAAGUAUAAUAUCACAAUCCGCUCCGCUUCCAUCUCGAUUCGUAGUUGUUCGUUUUAAAAUUGAUCUCUUCCACCGAACAUCGAUCGCUCCAGAUAUUUUUCGCAAAAAAGAUGAAGUUUUCUUGUUUCAUGCCCUUCAUUGGGAUACCCGGCACCUUGGCUCUUCACGUUGGUCAAAUAAUUCGAACAUCCAGCGGACCAGUCCUCGGCCACACCGCGACUCAUGAAUCUAGUGUUUCUGCGUUUCUAGGCAUUCCGUAUGCACUGCCGCCUCUGGGAAAGAGAAGAUUUAUGCCACCAGAGAAAUACCAUGGGGACAAACUCAUCAAUGGAAGCCAUAUCGGAUUCGCUUGUCCGGCAACCACACCCUUUGCUGCGGGUGAUCAUGACUUCAGCAAGUACGACGAAGCCCUCGCCAAUCUGACUGCCCAAGGAUAUGCCACCCUUUCCGACCUAUUCCAGCUUCACGACACCUUCGACGAGGACUGCCUCACUCUGAACGUCUGGGCACCUACUGGUGGUGAAGAAAACAAGGCCGUCAUGAUUUACAUCUAUGGUGGUGGAUUCACCUAUGGAAGCACGCAGAGCACCUUUUAUGAUGGACAGCAUCUUGCAGCCGAACACGAUGUCAUUGUCGUUACCUUCAACUACCGAGUUGGCCUUCUAGGAUUCCACGGUGACCCAGAAUCGACAAAUCGCAACCCCGGAUUCCUCGACCAGCGGCUUGCGAUAGAGUGGGUGAGAGACAACAUCGAAGCAUUUGGUGGCGACUGCUCCCGACUCACACUGUUUGGUCAAUCGGCUGGUGCUGCUUCCGUGGACCACUAUGCAUACGCCUAUGCAUCCGAUCCUAUCGUGUCUGGGCUGAUUAUGGAAUCUGGUGCAGCCGGCUUUGGCAGAGCAUUGCCACCGAACAAUGCCGAAGCCUGGUACAAUGUCUCGAAUGCAGUUGGUUGCAGCCACACCGGAAGCGGUACAAACACCACUACCACACUGGAGUGUCUGCAGACAAAAGAUGUCAAGGAUCUGUAUGCUGCCAUUGGGCAAAACAGCUUCGGCCCAAGCGUGGAUGGUAUCACGGGCCUUGCCGACUAUCCGGGGCUUUCAAAGGCAGGCAAGUUUGCCAAGCUGCCGCUGUUGAUUGGCAAUAACGAUUUCGAGACUGGUGCAUACAUUCCCAUCUCAGCUCUCCACGGCUCUACGCAAUCCCAUGAGGCCUGGGUGGCCUUCGCCAAUUCGGAGUUUGCUUGUCCCGUCGGUGUCCGAGCCAAUGUCAGCGUUUCUCACGAGUUGCCGGUAUGGCGAUACCGCUGGUUUGGAAACUUCCCUAACACCAGGCUCUACACAAACCCGGAUAGCGGUGCCUGGCAUAGCUCCGAAAUACCCUUUAUUUGGAACACUCUUCCAGUUGGCCCAGGAAUUCCUGAAGAUACCAAAGAGGAGAUUUCUAUUCGAAAGUAUAUGUCAGGAGCAUGGGCAGCUUUCGCCAAAUCCCCAGAAGACGGUCUGAACGAUUACAGAGAUGGAUGGCCAGAGUUUACGCCGCUUGCACCAACACUGAUUAGAUUGGCUUACAAUAAUGUGACGGGAACGAAUGUCGCAUUCUCCGGCAUGUAUGACAACGUUUGUCUUUAGCAUAAUCACAUUGCAACUCUCAAAGCAACCUUAGAAUAGCAAUCAAAGUGAAUGCAAGAACUUUUGAAAGACAAAAAACAU